AUGAAUGAUGAAAAAGCAGAUGAUUAUAUUGAUAGUAUAGUUAAGAAUAUUUUGCAUGUUGCUCCAGAACAAGUUGGUUUUUUAUCUCACAAAAAUGAAGAAGAGUCAAUGAACGAGACUACGAAGGAUAUUAACGAUAUCGUUAGAAAUUUUUUAAACGUUCAACCCAUGCAGAUUGUUCCUUUGUUAAAGGACGACAAUAGUGCUAGAUCAAGUCACUGUUCUCGCGAAGAUCUGCAAAAAAUUGAUGGAUUUACUCUAGAGCAGUCAGCAAUUUUCGAUGAAUCAUUGGCACACUCAGUAGAAUUAGAAUUUAUUAUUAAGCAAUGUGGAGAAUUCGGCCGUUUUCAAUGUACGCAUUUUUUUUUAUUAACACUGUUAGCCACCUGUAGUGGUGUAGCCUCAUUCUAUCAUGUUUUUGGUACAGCUGUGCCACAACAUCGCUGUCAAUUACCACAACAUUUGUGGGCUAAUGAUCAAUUUCAAGUACAUAAUGAAACACAUAAAAAUUAUAUUGAUCAAUGGACACCAAAAGAUGUAUCUUCAAAUUGUUUUACCUAUAACGCAUCAUUCGAGAAUAGAUCUAUUGUCAAUUGUCAUAAAUGGCUAUAUGAUCGGACAGUAUACGGAUAUACAUUUACCGAAGAACAUAACUUGGUUUGUUCUAAUUCAACGAAACGAACUUUAUUAGCUGCUGCAUUUUCAUUUGGACUUAUGUUUGUGAUUAUAACUGGUGGACUGGCUGAUUGUUUUGGACGGAAGAAAGCAAUCACACUUGUAUUUUGCCUAUUCGCUAUAGUCUCCAUUAUCACACAAAUAGCGCUUCAACUAAGAAUAUUAAAAGAAAAAUAUCAGUUCAUUUUGUUAUUCAUGAAUCAAAUAUUCACUGGAGUAGCAUGUACCUAUUUUAUAUGUGCGUAUGUUUUAAUCAUGGAAUUAUCCAGUUUAAAAUAUUCAGGUCUGGGAGCAUGUUUGUUCCUAGUUGGCAACAUUGUUGGUGAAAUUAUUGUGACGUUCUUAGCUUGGGUAAUUAAAGAUUGGUUACUUCUCAAAUGGUUUAUUACCGGUUAUAUUCUUCUUCUUUCAUUAUCCUACGUAUAUUUUAUUCCUGAAUCCCCACGAUGGUUAUAUAGCCAACAAAAUUGGUCUGAAUUAGAAUCACUUUUAAGUCGUAUAGCAAAAACGAAUGGACGAAAAAAUGAAACAUGGUUACCAUUGUAUCCUACAGUUGUCACGGCUAGAAAGCUCUUCAGUUCUAAUACAUUUGCUGAUGAACAAACAACAUCGUGCAUGAAACAAUCUUAUCCAUUACUGACAACACGUGAUGCUAUUAAGCGUUUAUAUGAAUUGCACCCGACAAUGUUCCGUGUUACUAGUCUAGCGAUUGUUGAAUUUAUGAGUCGAGCUGGUACAUUAAUAGCGCCAAUUAUUGACAAAACAAAUAGUUCAACUAAUCAACGCAUGCUAGUGUAUAUCUAUGCAACGGCUACGGUUAUAGCAGCUAUUUUUGCUUUUACGUUACCAGAAACAAAAGGAAAGCCGUUACCCGGAUCAUUUGACGAAAUUCAAGGAUGGAAAACGAAAAAAUUGCUUCAAGCUUUUUAUUAA